AAAAAAAAAAGAAAAACAGAGACAGACCCACUCUUCUCUGCUCUGACAGCGACUGAAUUCCUUCCCCUCUCUUCCGUUCCGUGGCUUUAUCUGCAACAUUUUUCCACGGGAAGACAUGGCCUGUCCAUACGCGCAAUAAUAACCUUUGGUUCAUUCAUUAUUAACUCACCCAAAUUCUUCUCCUCUCCUCUCUCUCCCUGCCCCCCAUCUCCCUCCCCACCUCUUCCAUUUCUCUGCUCUGUUCUUAAUUUGCUGCUUGCAACCCCAGUAGAUAAGUUCUUGGGCAUUACUAUUCUAUAGGUGGCGGCCUCUCUGCGUCUGAGGAAAGACACGAAAGGGACCACUUGGGCUUUUGUCCUUUUGGCCUCCGAAAUAAGGGAACGGAUGUGAAUAUCAUUAAGAUAGAUUGAUUGCUUCCGAUCUGCCCGGCCGUGAUUUCUGGGGUGUGGGUCUUCUUAUAGGAAGUCUCUUGCUUGCUUGCAAUUAUUGUCCAAUCCUGUCGUGUAUCCGAUAGCUUAUGCCUGUUGGGUCAUAUCAUAUCCUGAGAAUCGUUGCUUGUGCUGUCUCAGCAGCUUCUGAGGUUGUCUGAGGUCUCCGGUGUGCUGCUCUGAGUGAAUUAUGCUGAGAGCGGUUGGCUUCAUGGGUGUAAAUUAGUUGGAUUGUUUGCUUGCUGUGGUGAGUGUGGUUUUGGGGAGGGAAGAUGGGAUCAGGGAAUGGGUUUUACACUGGGGGAGAGUUCAAUAUGGAUACAAAGUGGCUGAUUGAUCCUAAGAGUCUCUUUGUUGGGCCCAAGAUUGGAGAAGGAGCCCAUGCUAAAGUUUAUGAGGGCAAGUACAGGAAUCAGAAUGUUGCUGUCAAGGUUAUUCAGAGGGGGGAGACCCCGGAGGAAAUCGCCAAGAAAGAAGCAAGGUUCGCGAGGGAGGUUGCAAUGUUGUCUAGAGUUCAACACAAGAAUCUAGUUAAGUUUAUCGGGGCCUGCAAACAACCAGUGAUGGUGAUAGUGACUGAACUCCUGCUGGGGGGAACCUUGCGUAAAUAUCUGCUCAACACACAGCCUCGGCGCCUAGACAUGCGGGUGGCUGUUGCUUUCGCGCUUGAUAUUGCUCGUGCUAUGGAGUGCUUGCACUCUCAUGGGAUCAUUCACCGAGACCUGAAACCGGAGAACCUCCUCUUGACUGCGGACCAUAAGACGGUGAAACUUGCCGAUUUUGGGUUAGCAAGAGAAGAGUCUUUGACAGAAAUGAUGACUGCCGAAACGGGAACAUAUCGUUGGAUGGCCCCAGAACUCUACAGCACUGUGACGCUGAGGCGUGGGGAGAAGAAGCAUUACAAUAACAAGGUGGAUGCUUACAGCUUCGCUAUUGUGUUGUGGGAGCUCGUCCACAAUAAGCUGCCCUUUGAAGGCAUGUCGAAUCUUCAGGCAGCUUAUGCAGCUGCUUUUAAGAAUUUCAGGCCGAGCGUCGAGAAUCUUCCAGAGGAUCUUGCAUUGAUCGUGACCUCUUGCUGGAAGGAGGACCCGAAUGACCGGCCAAACUUCACCCAGAUAAUCCGCAUGCUUCUCCACUACCUCUCAACCAUCUCUCCUCCAGAGCCCCUGAUUCCUCCCAGGAUUUUCCCUUCCGGGAACACAGUUUUUCCGCCUGAAUCUCCCGGGACCAGUGCUCUGAUGCCUGCAAGGGACAGCUCCGCUGAGACCCCCUCAACCCAGAUCAUGAUGGACCAACAGCAGCCUCGGGGCUUCUUCUUCUGUUUCCACCGGUGCUACUGAUCUAUUGAUUCAAGGUGAUAGCCCAAUAAAACCAUCAAGGAGAAUUUUUCGUUUUCUUCACACAGUGUAGAUUGACCUAGGCUUUGUCACUGACAUGAAGAGUGGUCAUCGGAAAGUUGGAGGACACAUUGGAGCUGGAGGUUGCUGUGAUGUGUUUGUUCUUGUAAAGUUUAAAAAGUCCAUCGUCCAAAUGCCUUCGCUCUGUUCUUUGCUCCGAUGUAAGAAGCUCCCAUUGCUUGCAGAGACUUCAAUGUAUGAAGCAAAUAGAAGAAGAAAGAUUGUUUUAGAUUUUAUAAUAAAGCUUUGAUUGUGUUCGAUGA